UAUUUUCUAAUGGAGCUUGUAAGCGACUACAUACUGGAUGUAGAAGUUCGGGAUAAAUGCCAUGUUGGGCUGGCAUCCACAAAUAUGGAGAGACAAGCUCUACUAAAUGCUCUUCAAAGACUACGCUCCUCCAUAAACGUAGUGGAAGUUGUCACUGAUGCCUCAACAUCAAUAAAGAAGAUGAUUGCUGACAAUUUCACAGCAGUGUUCCACAGCCUUGAUGUUUGGCAUAAAGCCAAAAGUAUUCGCAAGUGCUUGGCAAAGGUUGGAAACCUGAAAAAUAGGGGGAAAAUACAGACCUGGUCUGAUCAUAUCAUAAACCACUUUUGGUACUCUGCCAGCAUUUGCAAGUCAACAGCUACAACAAGUGAUGACGAAGCUCUGAAAGUAAUGAAGGAUACCUGGAUUGGGAUACUACAUCAUGUAUGUAAUGAACACGAGUGGGUGGGUGGCAAAUGUGGCCAUGGAGAUUUGGUUCUGGAAGAACAUAGUCUUGCAUGGUUCGACCGAAGAGAUAAAGACUUUGAAGCUUUGCAGAAAAUAGUGCUAGAGCCUCAACUCCUUGCUAGCUUCAAGUUUUACGUGCGAUUCAGACACACAGGCAGUCUUGAAUGUGCAAAUAGCCUUUCAUUGGUUUACACUCCAAAACGGUGUUCGUACAGCUACAAAGUGUACAAAGCUAGGAAGCAAUUGGCUGCAAUAGAUUGGAACUUUCAUGUGAACUUGGAAGGAGCCACCACCAAGACUGGCGAUGUUAUAGUCACAAGGAAAUUACAACCAGCCGACAAAGGAGUGGAACUCCAAGGUUGUCAAAGUAAAGAAAAAUUAUGACUACAUUCCAUUGCUAAUGGGGA